CGGCCGCUAGUGGCCGGAGGAGUGAGGUGCAGGGAGUGGGCAGUGAGUGCUGAGCCACACGGUGCAGACGCUGAUCGCUGGGGAGAUGCCGACCUUCGUGCUCAACACCAACCUGAGCCGCUCGACCAUCCCGGAGGUGCUGGCGGAGGAGCUGACCGCCACAUUGGGCACGUUACUGGGCAAACCCCAGCAGUACAUCGCAGUGCACAUUGUACCGGACCAGAUGCUUCACUUCGGUGGCUCCUCUGAGCCCUGUGCUCUUGGGAGUCUCUCCAGCAUUGGCAAAAUCAGCAAGGAGCAGAACAAAAACUACUCCAAAGUGCUGUUCGACCUGGUGAACAAGCACUUGCACAUUUCCCCAGACAGGAUGUACAUCGUCUUCCAAGAUCUCCAGGCUGCUAAUGUUGGCUAUAACAGAAAUACCUUUGCUUAGGUUCUGAGGCAGAGCAUUCCUGAAUGAUCAGUUUGGUCUAGUGUGUUGUAUCUUCAUCUGUAUCAAUGAUCAAUGAACCAGAGGGAAGAUUCUUAAAAUUAUGUCUUGUGUCUGUCUGAACAAUAAAGUAGAUUCAACAAUUA